GCCGGGCCGGUAUCCAAGGCGGGCCGGGAGAGCGGCCCCUAGCAACGGGCCGGAAUCGGCCCCCGGCGCCAUGGCAGCCGCCGCCGCCCCCACCGUCUUCCUGCUCAUGGUGAACGGGCAGAUCGAAAGCGCCCAGUUCCCAGAGUUUGACGAGCUCUACUGCAAGUACUGCUUCGUCUACGGCCACGACUGGGCCCCCACCACGGGUUUGGAAGAGGGAAUAUCUCAGAUCACCUCUAAAAACAGAGAUGCACAGCAAGCCCUUGUGUGGAAUUUUCCAAUUGACAUCACCUUUAAAAGUACCAACCCCUCUGGCUGGCCACAAAUAGUGGUAAGUGUCUAUGGACCUGAUCUUUUUGGAAAUGAUGUCGUCCGAGGUUAUGGAGCUGUUCAUGUUCCGUUCACACCUGGAAGUCAUAGAAGAACCAUUCCUAUGUUUGUUCCAGAAUCCACGUCUAAGCUGCAAAAAAUUACGAGUUGGCUUAUGGGAAGACAUCCAGAGUUCACUGACCCCAAAGUGGUAGCGCAGGGAGAAGGCCGAGAAGUGAUCACGGUGCGAUCCCAAGGCUUUGUGACCAUUUCCUUCAAUGUGGUGACUAAAGACAUGAAGAAACUGGGCUAUGACGUAAGCCCGUCAGACAUGCAGAACCCUUCAGUAGUGUCUCUUACAGAUGGGAUUCAUAACCAUUAAAUGAUUGGGGGGAGGAAUUUUCAAAGGCACACAUGGGAGGCAAACACCAUACUUGUACUGAUUUUCUAUUUUAAUAUGAAAGCUCAAGCCAUAAGGUGUGUUGCAAAAUACCUUUCUAUCAUAACCUUUUGUACAAUUUUUAGUUAACAAAUAGCCAGUUUACAUUUGUUUUUAAAAAAUGGUUUCAUAUAUUCCAAACAUCAAUGCAGGCCUAAAAUUGUUUACUAAUGAUUUUGAAGUGGUAGUGGGAAAUUCAAAUUGCAAUACCUUCCAAAAGGAAGGGAAUCUGAGAAUAUUUCAGUGGCACAUUCAUGCACGUUCUUCUGCAAAAGCAACCAAAAAUGGUUUUUUUUUGGGGGGGGGGGGAAUUCACUGAGAGUUAAGUGUUUAAUAUCCCCUUGCUUCAUGCAUUUACCUCUCAUUGGCACCAUUGAGAUUUAAGUGCAGCUAUUGAGGGAGAAAUAGAUCUCGGUGUGAGGAUCUGGAAAAGAGCACCCAGCCUGAGUAAACAGGACGUGCACUCAGCCAUAAGCAAUGGGGAAUCCUCUGGCCCACCCUGUUACAGAUCCCCUCUGCUGUAAGGAAUUGCCAGGAGUAGCAGUCAGGGCCACCUCUUCCUGGUUAUGCAACUUUCUGGAAUUUGUGCAUUUUCUUUGUUUUUGCUGAAGGUACUUCUCCCCUGGUCCUCUUAGCCCAGCUCUUUCCUUUGCUUGAUUCCACAGUAAGCUAAGUAAUAACUCUGUGAUGAUGGCAAUGAAAUGAGUGUGCUCUCACAAAUCCAGCAUUCUAAGGGCAGUCCAGGAUAGGCUGUGAGGCAGGUAAUUGUUUAUAUGGGUCCUAUACCAUGGCUUUCAGUAACCAACAAACACAGUAAGGAAAAUAACGUGCUGAAUUUCAAGUUUGAUUUAUGAAGGUUUUCCUCACUGUUUGGAUAACCUUAGAAAUUGUCGUAAUGUUGUUUCUUGUUACAGUACAUGGCAACAGCUCCAAAGCUAACAGACUCUUCUUAGCGGGCUGCAGUUUGAGGGUACGAAGAAAGGCCUUCAUUCCAAGGCAUGUCUACACUGCAGUAAAAGAGCAGUGGGCAAGGCUGCAGCUGGCCUAGGUCAGCUGACUUGUGCUGCGGGACUAUAAGAUUGCUGCGUAGAUGUUUGGGCUCGGGCUGGAGUCCUGGUUCUGAGACCCUGCAAGGGGGGGUGGGUCUCAGAGCCCAGGUGCUGGACUGAGCUCAAACAUCUACGCUGCCAAUGUUAGCCCUGCAGCCCAAGCCUGAAUCAGCCGACCUGGCCGCUGAGACUCAGUGCUGCGGGUUUUUUACUUCAGUGUAGACAAACCCUGAAUGUCCUCCCUUCCCUGACCUUUCACGUGACUCUCGGCUAAGCUGAUAUUAGAGCUCUGCAUUUGGGUUGAAUAAACCCAAAUAGUUCAAUAUUUAUAUUUUUUGUCUUUUGUGGGCUUUUUUUUUCCUUAAGGGAACCAUUUAUUAGUCCAAAGUAACACAAGCUGUAGUCUUCUUAUGAUCUUUCCACCAUCCGUUGUGUCCAAACUACAGAACUUAAAUCCAUAGCGAGACGUGAUUAUUUAGUCAAUUUGAGAGACUAUAUUUGGGUACGUGGUUUGCACAUUUUGACUUCAAGUACCAUGAGAAGACCAGAUUUAAUAUUAUUUCACCCUAUUUAUAAGUCACUGAGCUAUUAAAAAUCCUUUGGAAAAACAAGCACAAAGAAAAACAAAUUUUGAACCACUGCACAUCCAUAGUAAUAAAGCAUGCUAUUUAGAGUACUAGCAUUCCUUAUGCACGUAAAGCUGUACACUAUGAACACUGUGUUUUGUAAAUAUAAAUGAUGAAGAUCUUGUAAAGCACCUUGGAAUUUUGCUCUGUUCCUUAAUCAUUUUGUACUUUCAUAAAUGAUUUUACAAA